AUGCCACUCUCUUGGUGGAGAGCUCACGGUGUCUUGCUAGACAUGGGUUGCAUUCUCACCCGCGGUUCAAGCCAGAAAGAAUCGACCGUUCUCGAGCGUAAGAAUGACGAAUGUUCGAGCACCGCUCUUGGAAUCUUCUCCGUUUCGAUGAGCGCCGACUGGUGGCAUGGGUCUGGAGAAUUCGAGCGCCUGAUGCCGAGCAGAUGCCUCGGUAGGAUUCGAGCUCCCGUCAUCGUCAUCUCGGUAGUUGACCUCUCGAGCUUGACAAUCCUGGCAGCUCGUUCGAAAGCCGCUUCUCUCGUACUGUCAUAUGGUCGCUCGAGCACGGUACGUUUCACGAUAGACCAGCGAUCGGAGCCAAAGUGCACGUGAAAAGUGCAUGCGACGCGCGGUGGACCCGUCGCAUUAUUUUGAGCGUUAAGUCCUCCCGGCUACAGGCUUCGAUCACGACAUGGGUCGAAAAAUGCGGCUCUCCGCUUCGUCUUCAUGAUCCGACGGAGAUGCACGUCAAGCGCCCGCCGAGUCGGGGUGAGUGGAAGUGAUGAUUUGGAGUGGACCCCCGGCGCUUCUUCAUGCCGUUCUAGUUUGUCCCGAUGCAAGCGUUUCGAAACCUCACCGCUCAUGCUCGUAGGUGACGACGUUCUACGUCCGGGCGAUAAUUAAACUCGUUCUUCCAGACUUUUUCAUCGGUGAGGUGAAGCUGCUCCUUUCAGCUUGGCCACGAUUGCAGUUCGUGAAAAGUUGGCGAAUCGGGAAAUUAAAGGGUUUGGUAGAGCUUCCCCCACGAGUAGCAUCUGUGGAGAAGUCUAUGGUCGUUAUCCUCGGCUCCGCUGAUAAUUUACUCUCUCCAUAUUGCCAUGACAUGCCCGAAACGCUGGAAGCUUGGCAUAGACGCGAUUUAGCAUGGUUGUAUCGCAGAAAAAAUUCCAGAAACAAUUAUUGGGUGAGUUUUCCAUGAGCAAAUGCAGUCAGUAUCUUGCUCAAAAUGGGCAUCGUUCGUCGAGGCACAACCAUUUGACAUUCGAG